AUGGUCCACCUACUCCACCAAGACUUCAUCAGUGCCCCCGGAUUAGAAAAGGAGUUUUUUCUUAGUGUUUUAACAGGUGUUUUACUCACCUCCCUCGUUCUUAUUGUCCCUGCUAUCAGACACCUCAAAUCGAAAGUGCUGUACUUGUUAAAGCUGGGCUAUGUUACUGGCAACACAGCUGUUCUUAUUGUGGCUUUAUGGUGGGCAGACUGGUUCUGUGGGGAGAUCACGUGUAUGGAUCACGUCACAGGGUUCUCUAGAGAACUAUCUCCCAUCAGAUUAUCAGUUCACAUAGGACUGUCUACACUCUACAUCUCCUACACUGUAUCCAGUGUUACUUAUGAAGUUACUAUGAACCAUGCUUGGAAUGGCCAGUACUUUAGAUCCGCCUUAGGGUCCCACAACAAGAAGCUAGCAGAUAGUAUCUCGGGAGCCCCACUGUCAGUAACCUGGCUGGUACAACAGUUCCAGGGGGAUCUAGCAGGUCCUAAUUUCGGGUUCUCUCUUCAACCUAUCUUCUACGCUGUUAGAAUAAUGCUGUGGAUCUCAAUGACAGGUCUAGCUAUCGGGUGGCUACUCUUAGCAGCAGGGAACAGAUCCUCUAAAACUGGAUCUCUUCUAAUCACCAUAUCGGGCUUGUUACAGCUUGGGGUCCUGGUUUUCUUCAUUCUUCUCUCUUCCAGGAUUCAUAGGAAAAUAUUUGUUGGUUAUCAGAUGCUAGCACUAAAAUACAGUACUAUUAUAGUGUGGGUACUGCCUCUAACUGGGCUUAUAAACACCACCACUGGUAUAUUGCUGAUGGUCACUAAAGUAUUCUGUGAAAGAAAAUCAGGAUGUUUGUUCACCCCAUUACAAGUGUUAUUCGUGGACCCAGUAAGCUUACAAGAAGAGAGGCACGCCUCCAGAGCGACUUCUCCAGAAACACACCACCACUAUAACAGAGAACCAUCACUCUCCUCCCUCUCCUCCGCACAAGACAGUAGUAUUACAACAGACCACGUCUCCACUGAUCACGUGGUGGACCCUAUGACUAAAAUGCGAGGUCACGUGUUAGAUCACGUGACUAAAAUGAAAGGUCACGUGUCAUCAGAUUACCGACCUAAGAUUGUGAGAUCCACUAAGAACAGACUGACUUCAGUUUUUGAGCGGGACACAACGUACCGGACUAAGUACGUGUAUUUCAACAAUACUUCUAGUUCUUCUUAUAGUGUUGAUCAGGACUGUGAAAGUACGUCACGCGAUCUGAAACAUGAAAGUAAUGAUGCAUCACGUUGUCUGGCGAACCAGUCAGAAUCGUCCAGUUUGAGUCAGUCCGAAUCUUACGUAUAAAAAUUUCAUUAUAUUUUAUUAAAAAAUGUCGAAAUUUAAGAAUUUUCUCAGCAGAAAGAAAAUUAUUAUUUUUGUGUAUGUAUUACUAUUACCGCUGCGUUCAGCGUUCACUAUUUUGGCUAACAACAAUUAAUAAUAAGUAAUUAAUAUCACGUGUCAUUUCACUGUGCUCUGUUUUA